AUGGAAAAGCUCAUCGUGGUUCUGGCAAUCAUUGAGUUCUGCUGGGCCAGCGAAUUAGGAUGGGGAGGUCAUGGACUGACUUUGGGGGAAAUUGACGUGGGUCACGAAGGAGGAGGCUUCAGUUUGGACGAAUUAGGAGGAUCAGAACACGAGAUUGGUCUGGGAGGUCACGGAGGAGGAGGAGGAGGUCACUUUAUACCCGUUGUUAAAGAAAUUGGAAUACCGAUACCGAAGAAGGUUCCAUUCAUUGUACCGAGCUUGCAAGUACAAUCCAUUCCCCAAAGCUACCCAGUUCCGGUGGUUGUGCAGAAACCCGUUCCAUACCCGGUGGAGAAACAGGUGUUCACCAAGGUGGAGAAGAAGGUACCCACCCCAGUGGAGAAAAUCAUCCCUGUGAAGGUCGAGAAGCAUGUUCCCUUCACUGUGGUGAAACACGUUCCUGUACCUGUGCCGAAACCAAUUCCCAUCAAGAUCCCAGUUUACAAGACGAUCAUACACAGACACAAGGGACACUAA